AUGAAAGUCUUGCCAUUGUUGUUCGUAUUCUUUGGUGUUUGUCUGUGUGAGGUUGGAAACAUUUCAGAAGAUGACGAUGCAGAGUUGGAAAGACAGGUUAGAAUGAUGAACAAGCCACCGGUGAAGACAUUCGUGACUGAGGAAGGCAACACCAUUGACUGUAUCGACAUUGAUAAACAACCAUCGCUAGAACAUCCUUUGUUGAAGAAUCACAAAGUUCAGAAAGAUCCGACAUUACAUUUCACUAGUUUCGAUAAGAAUUUUUCCCUCAUGAAGCCUACACAAUUUGGAUUGAGAGAACCAUGCCCGAUUGGAACUGUACCGAUUUCUCGAGUAACAAAGAAGGAUUUGAUCAGGGCGAACGCCUUACCAAUGAUGCCAUUCUUAGCAGCUUCAAGACGGGAUGCUCUUGAAUCUAAUCAGCAUGUGGUUGCUCUGAUGGAAAAUAAGAUAGAAACUAUUAAAUAUGGAGCUUAUGGGCGAACAUCCAUCUACAAUAUAACCGUUGCCAAUGACCAAUUCAGUUCGCAUAAUAUAUGGAUUCAAACCGGACCUAUAGAUCAUGUUAGCAUGAUUGUAGCCGGUUGGACGGUUUCUCCACAACUCUACGGUGAUACUCUUUCUCGGUUCUUCACAUACUGGACGGGCAAUGGUUACCGCGACGGAUGCUUUAACCUGUUGUGUCCAGGUUUUGUCCUCGUAGGUAGGGGAGCACCUGUCAAUACACCCUUACAUGGUUCUACUUAUGGUGGAGAUCAAUAUGAGCUUGCCAUCCUUGUCGAGCAGGGAGAUGGUUUCCGCGAUGGUUGCUACAACACAUUCUGCCAAGGCUUUGUACAGGUGGAUAGAGUAAUAAAUCCCAAUUAUCCAUGA